GUAUUGUAAUAUAAAUGAAACACUGUUUCCACUUUGUGGCUAAGAUUUUAUUUUAAAGCAAAGUUACCUUUUUAAUCUCAGAGCCGCAUUUUAUAAGCUUACACUGCUGUGGUAAAUUUAACACAAUGGUAGUGUGCAAAUUCUUUCAAGAAGGAUAUUGCCGCUACGGUCAAAACUGCCGAUUUGAGCAUGUUUAUGGUUCAAAAUACAGCUACCAUGCAAAUGCACCAACCAAUCAGAAUCAACCAAAACAAGCACCCGGUGGGGUUACCGACGAGCAGCUGGUCCAACAAGUUCAGAAUGACGUCCAAUCAGCAUUAAAAGGAGGACAGUGGCUACUCUCCUGCUAUGCUCCGUUCAAGAAGCCGAACUUUCCGGGGUUGGCGGACCUGUCUGCAGACGAAGCCAGGCUGUUCAUCUAUGAGGCUAAAGCUAACAAUACUGUGGACCAGGCUGUGGCAUAUAUGAACAACUUAAGCAAAGAAGCGAGAAGCAAAUAUGAGCAACUACUCACCACUCCACCGCACAUACUACGCAGCCUCUACAACGGUGAAACCAUAUCACCUCCGUUCGCAACCGCCCAAACACCUCAAAGUGUCUUUGGUCAAGCUAACAAUGCAUCAUCAGUGUUCCGAAGUGCUGUACAAGAUACAGCAAAAUCUGUAUUUUCUCAAGCUACUCAGAAUGUCUUUGGGUCACCACAAGCUCAAACUCAGAGCAUUUUUGGAGGGCCUGCACAAAGUCAAAGUCCAUUCGGUGGUCAAACACAAAGUCAAAGUCCGUUUGGUGCUCAAACACAAAAUCGAAGUCCAUUUGGUGCUCAACCACAGAGUCAGAGCCCUUUUGGAGCACAGAAUGCCUUUGGCAGUCCAAAUACAGCCCAGUCCAUCUUUGCACAAGCGAACAAUUCCGUAGACCCUGCAAAAUCUGUGUUUGCUCAAGCUAAUACUCCCUCAGACCCAAAUUCCCUAUUCGCUCAAGCUGCCACCACCCAGAGUCCGUUCGGAUCUGCCCCCGCCUCAACAUUUAAAAGCCCGUUCGAACAGCCAUCUCCUUUCGCUCAAAGUUCGAGUACUUUUCAAUCUAAUGCUCCUACGAGCAUAUUUGGGCAAGCAAAUGUGUUUCAACAGACCCCUGUAGAUGAUCCUGCGGUGUAUAGUAACAUAAAUGAUGUGACUCCUGAAGAUUUAGAGAUGUUUAAGGCGGAUAGUUUUAAAUUAGGUUUCAUCCCGGAGAUACCUCCACCACAUUCUUUAUGUGUUUGAGUUAAAAAAUAUGUUUUAAUAAUUAUUAAAUUAUAAAUGUUAAAGCCCCCUACGCAAAAAAUAAUGAACAUAAUAUGCUAGUCCUACUAGUCAAAUCAGCUUUUUAAGAACUGUCAAAACGAUUUUCUAAUAUGGAAUUACCGUGGGAAUUACUAUGAAAUACUGAGGUGACGUCACGGUCAAUUCAUUUACUUUAUAUCUUCUUC